GCUUCCUCCCGGUUUGAUCCUCGCCAGCGCUCUCCUUGACGCGGCGCCUUUUUGGAGGUCGUGACCGUAAAGCAAUAUUCGAAGCUGGUCCACACUCAGUAAAGCUGGUGCAGGUAAUGCUCUGCGAGCUUGUCGCUGCAAAAGACAAGCAUCCCUGCACGAGAAGGGAUUGAGAGUGAUGUCCGUGUCAUGGGCUACAUGACAUCAUCAAUCCGGAUUAUUGACUUGGCCCUCACCGAAAGAGACUCUGUGUUCUCCAACCGUCACAAGCCAAGUUGAUGCAAGCCCCUGCGAAUCGAGGCAUGAUAAUCUCUGGAGGAAAUCGCCGUCCUGAUGUCGUGGUAGUGAACGCGCGAGCACCCAACGC